AUGGCGUGUGACAGCAGGAGGGUCACCAUCCAGCUGGUGGACGAGGAGGCAGGGCCUGGAACCAGGGGCCCAAAGCCUUUUCGGGGCCAGAGCUAUGAGAAAAUCCGAGCAGCCUGCCUGGAGGAGGGGGUUCUGUUCCGAGAUCCCUACUUCCCUGCUGGCCCAGAUACCCUUGGCUAUGACCAGCUGGGGCCGGACUCCGAGAAGACCAAAGGGGUGGAAUGGAUGCGGCCCCAUGAGUUUUGCGCUGAGCCGCAGUUCAUCUGUGAGGACAUGAGCCGGACAGACGUGUGUCAGGGGAGCCUGGGUAACUGCUGGUUUCUUGCGGCCGCGGCCUCCCUCACUCUGUACCCCCGGCUCCUAUGCAGGGUGGUCCCCCCUGGACAGGGUUUCCAAGAUGGCUACGCAGGUGUCUUCCACUUCCAGCUCUGGCAGUUUGGCCGCUGGGUGGACGUCGUGGUGGACGACAGGCUGCCUGUGCGUGAGGGCAAGCUGAUGUUCGUGCGCUCGGCUCAGCGGAAUGAGUUCUGGGCCCCGCUCCUGGAGAAGGCGUACGCCAAGCUCCACGGCUCCUACGAGGUGAUGCGAGGCGGCCACAUGAACGAGGCUUUCGUGGACUUCACGGGCGGCGUGGGCGAGGUGCUCUACCUGAGGCAAGGCACCCCGGGCCUCUUCUCGGCCCUGCGCCAUGCCCUGGCCAAGGAGUCCCUCGUGGGCGCCACUGCCCUGAGUGAUCGGGGCGAGUACCGCACAGAAGACGGGCUGGUGAAGGGACAUGCGUAUUCCGUCACGGGCACGCACAAGGUGUCCCUGGGCUUCACCAAGGUGCGGCUGUUGCGGCUGCGGAACCCAUGGGGCCGCGUGGAGUGGACCGGGGCCUGGAGCGACAGUUGCCCCCGCUGGGACGCGCUCCCCGCCGAGUGGCGAGAGGCCCUGCUGGUGAAGAAAGAGGACGGCGAGUUCUGGAUGGAGCUGCAGGACUUCCUUCACCACUUCGACACCGUCCAGAUCUGCUCGCUGAGCCCCGAGGUGCUGGGCCCCAGCCCGGCGGGAGGCGGCUGGCACAUCCACACCUUCCAAGGCCGCUGGGUGCGCGGCUUCAACUCCGGCGGGAGCCAGCCUGGUGCCGAAACCUUCUGGACCAACCCCCAGUUCCGGCUGACGCUGCUGGAGCCCGAUGACGAGGACGAGGACGAGGAGGGGCCCUGGGGGGGCUGGGGGGCAGCAGGGGCGCGGGGCCCUGCGCAGGGGGGCCGCACCCCCAAGUGCACUGUCCUCCUGUCACUCAUCCAGAGGAACCGACGGCGCCUGAGGGCCCAGGGCCUCACCUACCUCACCGUGGGGUUCCACGUGUUCCAGAUCCCGGAGGAGCUGCUGGGCCUCUGGGACUCCCCGCGCAGCCGCGCGCUCCUGCCGAGCCUGCUGCGCGCCGACCGCUCGCCCUUCUGCACCCGCCGCGACGUGAGCCGCCGCUGCCGCCUGCGCCCCGGCCACUACCUGGUGGUGCCCAGCGCCGCCCGCGCCGGCGACGAGGCCGACUUCACGCUGCGCGUCUUCUCCGAGCGCCGCCACACCGCGCGGGAGAUCGAUGACGCCAUCAGCGCCGACCUGCGCGCCCUGUCGGUCCCCUACGUUCCCCUGGAGGUGGGCUUGGAGCAGCUGUUUCAGGAGCUGGCAGGAGAGGAGGAAGAACUCAGCGCCCCUCAGCUCCAGACCUUACUAAGCAUCGCCCUGGAGCCUGCCAGGGCCCACGCGCGGACCCCGAGAGAGCUGGGGCUCAGGACCUGUGAGCAGCUGCUGCAGUGUUUUGGGCACGGCCGGAGUCUAGGCCUGCACCGUUUCCAGCAGCUCUGGCGCCACCUCCUGGAGUGGCAGGCCACAUUCGACAAGUUCGAUGAGGACGCCUCCGGGACCAUGAACUCCUACGAGCUGAGGCUGGCGCUGAAUGCGGCAGGCUUCCACCUCAACAACCAGCUGACCCAGGCCCUCACCAGCCGCUACCGGGACAGCCGCCUACGUGUGGACUUCGAGCGCUUCGUGGCCUGUGUGGCGCAGCUCACCUGCAUCUUCCGCCACUGCAGCCAGCACCUGGAUGGGGGCGAGGGCGUCGUCUGCCUGACCCACAGACAGUGGAUGGAGGUGGCCACCUUCUCCUAGGAUCUCGGUGCAGGAGCACCUGCUGCCAGAGGCGGGAGAGCGGCUGGGGCCCCGCCUUUCCCCUCCACCAGCCUGGACCAGCAUUUAUUCCGCAGAGAGGGGGUCUGAGCAGAGGCACCGCCUGCGGCCCUUCCCCUGCCUGUCUGGCCUGGGCUGAUGCUCUGGCGUAAGCAGCGGUUCAGAGCGCAGCCUCUAGGCCUCAGGAGCCGGCCUGCCUGGGGUCGAUUCCUGGCCCACCAUUCGCCAGCUGGGUGACCCCGGGCUGUGUCUGCACCUCUCUGGGCUCUGCACUCCUCACCUGUGUACGGGGCAGUCAUGGCACCUUCCUCGUGCAGGCUAUACUAGUUGGGGCGCAUUACUCGCUUAGAACAGUGCCUGGCCCAGAGCGGUCCCCGGGAGCACGCACUCCUCCACACUCAGGGGAACAGGGGCUGUGCCCUCCCCCAGCCCCCAGCCCCGCCUUGCUCUGGGAAGAGGUGUCCUAUCAUCGCUCUCCUAGAAGGCGGAGAGCGGAGACAGGAGAGAAGAAGAGAGAACACUGUAGAAAUCCUUCUUAAAAAUAUUACAUGUUUUAUUAUCCUGUCCCCAGAAGGGUGGUUUAUCCAGAAACCAAGAAAAAAAAAUAAUCAAUCAGAAUAAACUCAAAAAA